CGUGCAAAGUGGACGAUUUUACAAAAUCGCCCUAAUAAAUGCAGUUAAAAUGGAGUCUAAGGGGUUAAUUAGGAAAGGGGAUGGUGUUGAAAGCGCAAAAAUAUGUCGAUGGUGUCUGACGGCGGGUGAUGCUUUGGAGGCUCUAAUGCUCGACGGAUCCGGACAAUAUAAAGUACAAAAAAUCUUCGAUUUCACCGAUGUGCAGCUUGAAUUGUCUCCUGGAAUUCAAUCGUAUUUGUGCACGACGUGCGAAUCGCGUUUGGAAAAGAUGGAUACAUUUCGUUGGCGAUGCAAUGAAAAGAGUGAUACGGUCGAUAAAUUUAUCAAACGGCAGAACACAGUGGAGAAUGUAUCAGAAAUCGCUCCAAACCAUCUUGACCACUCUGCCCAAAAAACGAUUGUCCCAGAACUGACAAUUAAAACUGAAGUUACCACACCGGAUGCAGCGACGGAUUUGCACUUGAUUCAGAGGAGUUGUACAGCUCCUCAAGUAAAUGGGACACAUGAAUGUUAUGGCAAGCAAUCAUUCGAAGCAGAAGAAAACUCUAUUACAAUUAAAUUAGAGUGUGUUGAUGUCGAUGAGCUGUAUCGGCUGCAAACGAAUGCUAUAUUGGAUCAUGAACAGGACGACCUGCGAACAAAUCCUUUAGAAUUGGUCUGUCAAGAUCGAGAAGAUCACUCUAUGUCAAUGAAAAUAUAUGCAGAUGGGACAGAAUUGUUAAUCAAAACUGAAGCUACCACACCGGAUGCAGCGACGGAUUUACACUUGAACCAGAAGUGUACUACUGUUCAUGAAGCGAAUAUGACAUAUGAAUGUUGUGGCACAAUCCCUGAUGAUUUAUUCGAGGCAGAGGAAAAUCCUAUUGCAAUCAAAUCAGAGUACGAAGAGGACAAUGAACAGCAUCAGCUGCAAACAACGAAUGAUGUUUUGGAUCAUGACCCCAAAAAAAAUCCUGAAGAAUCGAUCGGCCAGGAUCAAAAAUAUCAUCCUGUGACCGUGGCAGACAAUACGUGUGCCGAUACUUCAGCUGCAGAACCAACUCAAAACGUCUUGAAUCGCGGAACCCGGAACGCCCACAGCAAAAGCCAUUCUAAAAACCAUAAGCACCGCUGCCCUCAUUGUUCGGCAGCAUAUCCAUUUUUAAACAUGUUAAAGAAUCACAUCCGCACUCACACUGGCGAAAAGCCGUACAAGUGUAAAGUAUGUGACAAAGCUUUCCAUUUAUCAACCAAACUAACAAAACACUCGAAAAUUCACAAUAAGGACCAACAGCAUCAGUGUCCUUAUUGUUCAUUCAUGGUCGCACAGUCAUAUAACUUAAAGAUUCAUAUCCGCACUCACACUGGCGAAAAGCCGUACAAGUGUAAAGUGUGUGACAAAACCUUCCAUUCACCAUCCACACUAGCAAAACAUUCGAAAAUUCACAACAAGGAUCAACAUCAUCAGUGUCCUCAUUGCUUAUCAAUGUUCGUAGAGUUAUCUAACUUAAAGGUUCACAUCCGUACUCACACCGGCGAAAUGCCAUACAAGUGUAAGUUCUGUGACAAAGCAUUCAGCACAUCAAGCAAUCUAGUAAAACACUCCAAAAUUCACAAGAAGGGUAAAACUAAUUAAUUCCUUCGUUGUUCAUUCAUGUUUGGGUUAGAAUAAAUUUGAAUUUUGUAUCAUUGAAUACUAAAGCGCAUUGACUCGACGAUAGCAGUUAGCAAAAAUUCACAGCCACCAACGAUCAGCUCAAUAAAAUUAAUUUUCCUUACAA